AUGAAUUUGUGGUGCGGCCUUCCUGCGGUGGAUGAGAGGAGGAGUGACCCCACACUGCGUGACCCUACACUGAGUGACCCCACACUGAGUGACCCCACACUGAGUGACCCCACACUGCGUGACCCCACACUGCGUGACCCCACACUGCGUGACCCCACACUGAGUGACCCCACACUGCGUGACCCCACACUGCGUGACCCCGCACUGCGUGACCCCGCACUGCGUGACCCCGCACUGCGUGACCCCGCACUGCGUGACCCCGCACUGCGUGACCCCACACUGCGUGACCCCGCACUGAGUGACCCCACACUGCGUGACCCCGCACUGAGUGACCCCACACUGCGUGACCCCGCACUGCGUGACCCCGCACUGCGUGACCCCGCACUGCGUGACCCCACACUGAGUGACCCCACACUGCGUGACCCCACACUGCGUGACCCCACACUGCGUGACCCCACACUGCACCCCCCGCACUGA